AAAGCUCUGUGUUUGCCCUUUUCUGUCUUGAGGCCUUGAUGUGUGCUGGUGGUUACAGAUCGGGAGAGAUAGGGCACACGGCAUCUGGGGCGGGCGGUGUGGGCCAUUUCGCUUUGACCUUUCUGGUAACCUCGGGGGCCCCAGGACUCUGGAAUCCCGCCCCAAGCAGCUUCUCAGAAGCUUCGAUCCAGUCCCAGCCCUGCCACGGGGACGUCCGGGGAGGAGGGACGGGCAGCACCAGGUCAAUUUUUGUUUUGUUUUUAGAAAGUGGAGUAAUUGCUUUCUCUCCACCACAGCCCGCGCGUGCUUGGGAAGUGAGCUCUGAAUAAAGGGAGAGGAUUUGUAAAUAUUCUGCUCCUGCCUGCCUGGCCCAGCAGAGCGGUCACGGGCAGAAAGUGAAAGGGGGGGGGGGGGUGGCGGGGUAAAAAGCGAACCGCCUACCGCCCGCCGCAGCCGGCGGCUGUUCCUGCGCCCUCUUCCUCCAGGCUGGCGAGUUGCCAGCUGCCCGAGCCCUGCGCCGGGCAAGCGGCGAGGCGCACGGCCAUUUCCUGGUUCUCGGCGGCAGAGCUUUCCCUGGGGAGUGCUGGCCGCGGCCCCGAGUGGAGUGGUUGGUUCGGGACCAGCGGGCCGGCUCCAGCGUCUGCCUGGCUCUCCGUCCGCCGCUGGUGGGUCCUGUUCUCCUCGGGAGAACGGCUCUCAUCCAGUGGGUCCAGGGGGAGCUGGGCCGGGUCGGGAGUGGGGGGGGGGUCCACCGCCCCCCAGCGAGCGGCUGCAUCUGGCCGCUUGCUUCAAGCCUCUCUGCAGGUCGCUGGAUUUUCGGGGCGGUCGUGUGGGUGGGCGAGUGAGUAGCCUGGUCCGCCUUUCCCGUCUCCCCACGUGAUGGUCUAGCUGUAAAGCGACAGAGCCCCCAGGCAGGGCCCACAGACCCUGCAUUAGCAGGGCAGUAUCUAGUCAGCAUUCCUUGCUUCCGAAGGAGACUUUAGUGAAUGGUGGCAGAAAGCAGCGUCCUGCUGGCCGUAUUCCUGCCUGCUGGGAACUUGUCAGGGGAGCCCCUGCUUGGGAGCCUGCCCGCCGUCCCACCCGAGGCUCUGCCCCCUGGUUGCGGCAGGUGUCAGAGCAGCGCGCACUGCCCAUUGUGCUUGGCUCGGGGCUGCUGGUAGGUGCCCAGGCGGUGAGUGGCUUGUUGCACCUCCUCAGCCACCCCGCCCCGCCCAUUGUGAAUCCCUUUGGCACCUGCACCCCUGCUCCGGGUGCCUGUGGUCCUGCCUCUGAGAAGCACGGGCCUCUUAAAGGCAAAGCGUCACUUUCUGGAUCUGGAGCGGAGAUGACGGUUACCUGUGUGGGGGUGUCUGUCCAGAGGCCGGAGGCUCUGCUGUGUCAGUGCUGUGGGUGCUGCCUGACUGGGCCCAGACAUGGGAUGUCGCACCUCGGCGGGGAGCACAGAGGAAGCCAGGGCCUCGCCGAGCUGCUGCCGUGACGGCCAGUGAGCGAGCAGCCGGAGGAUGUCCACCACGACGACGGUCGCCCCUGCGGGGAUCCCGGCGGUCCCGGGCCCCGUGAACCCUCCCCCGCCGGAGGUCUCCAGCCCCGCCAAGCCCGGCCGUAAGACCAACCAGCUACAGUACAUGCAGAACGUGGUGGUGAAGACGCUCUGGAAACACCAGUUCGCUUGGCCCUUCUACCAGCCCGUGGACGCCAUCAAGCUGAACCUGCCCGAUUAUCAUAAGAUAAUAAAAAACCCAAUGGAUAUGGGGACUAUUAAGAAGAGACUGGAGAAUAAUUAUUAUUGGAGCGCGAGUGAAUGUAUGCAGGACUUCAACACCAUGUUUACAAAUUGUUAUAUUUAUAACAAGCCCACAGAUGACAUAGUGCUCAUGGCCCAAGCCUUAGAGAAAAUUUUUCUGCAGAAAGUGGCCCAGAUGCCCCAGGAGGAAGUUGAGUUAUUACCCCCUGCUCCAAAGGGCAAAGGCCGGAAGCCAGCUUCGGGAACCCAGAGUGCAGGUACGCAGCAAGUGGCGGCCGUGUCCUCUGUCUCCCCGGCAACCCCCUUCCAGAGCGUCCCCCCCACGGUCUCCCAGACGCCCGUCAUUGCUGCCACCCCUGUGCCAACCAUCACUGCAAACGUCACGUCGGCCCCUGUCCCCCCGGCUGCCGCCCCGCCCCCUCCCGCGACGCCCAUCAUCCCUGUGGUCCCUCCCACGCCGCCCGUUGUCAAGAAGAAGGGCGUGAAGCGGAAGGCAGACACUACCACGCCCACGACGUCCGCCAUCACCGCCAGCCGCAGUGAGUCGCCCCCGCCGCUGUCGGACCCCAAGCAGGCCAAGGUGGUGGCACGGCGGGAGAGCGGGGGCCGCCCCAUCAAGCCGCCCAAGAAGGACCUGGAGGACGGCGAGGUGCCCCAGCACGCAGGCAAGAAGGGCCGGCUCUCGGAGCACCUGCGGCACUGCGACAGCAUCCUCAAGGAGAUGCUGUCCAAGAAGCACGCAGCCUACGCCUGGCCCUUCUACAAGCCGGUGGAUGCCGAGGCCCUGGAGCUGCAUGACUACCACGACAUCAUCAAGCACCCGAUGGACCUGAGCACCGUCAAGAAGAAGAUGGACAGCCGUGAGUACCCAGAUGCACAGGGCUUUGCAGCCGACAUCCGGUUGAUGUUCUCCAACUGUUACAAGUACAACCCCCCCGACCACGAGGUGGUGGCCAUGGCCAGGAAGCUGCAGGACGUGUUUGAGAUGCGGUUUGCCAAGAUGCCGGACGAGCCGGUGGAGGCGCCCACGCUGCCCGUGCCCGUGGCCCCUGUGGUCAGCAAGGGCGUGGAGAGCAGCCGCAGCAGCGAGGAGAGCUCCACGGACUCAGGCAGCUCGGACUCGGAGGAGGAGCGGGCCACGCGGCUGGCGGAGCUGCAGGAGCAGCUGAAGGCCGUGCACGAGCAGCUGGCCGCCCUGUCUCAGGCCCCAGUGAACAAGCCAAAGAGGAAGAAGGAGAAGAAGGAAAAGAAGAAGAAGGACAAGGACAAGGAGAGGCACAAGGCCAAGUCCGAGGAGGACAAGAAGGCCAAGGCGGCCCCGCCCGCCAAGCAGGCCCAGCAGAAGAAGGCUCCCGCCAAGAAGGCCAACAGCGCGACUGUGGCUGGCAGACAGCCGAAGAAGGGCGGCAAGCAGGCGUCGGCCUCCUAUGACUCGGAGGAGGAGGAAGAGGGGCUGCCCAUGAGCUACGAUGAGAAGCGCCAGCUCAGCCUGGACAUCAACCGGCUACCGGGGGAGAAGCUGGGCCGGGUGGUGCACAUCAUCCAGUCGCGGGAGCCCUCGCUCAGGGACUCCAACCCCGACGAGAUAGAGAUUGACUUUGAGACUCUAAAACCCACCACUUUGCGGGAACUAGAGAGAUACGUCAAGUCUUGUUUACAGAAAAAGCAAAGGAAGCCAUUCUCCACGAGCGGGAAGAAGCAGGCGGCCAAGUCGAAGGAGGAGUUGGCUCAGGAGAAGAAGAAGGAGCUCGAGAGGCGGCUGCAGGAUGUCAGCGGGCAGCUGGGCAACAGCAAGAAGCCUGCCAAGAGAGAGAAGUCAGGCUCCGCGCCCUCGGGAGGGCCCUCCCGGCUCAGCAGCAGCAGCUCGUCUGAGUCCGGGAGCAGCAGCUCCAGCGGAUCCAGCUCCGACAGCAGCGACUCGGAAUAAACUCUGGGCUCUCACGGGACGGAACAAAACCAGUGGACGUCGCCCACGCCGAAACUCUGCAGUGUUCCCUUCUAUGGUUAAUAUACUAUUUUCGUUCCAUGGUGUGCAGGUUCUCUUUUUAAUUCAGUGUUAUGGUAUCUUCCAGUUUUGGCUUUAAUAGGUCAAAGAUCUUUCCGUGUGUGUCCAUUAGACUUUAUGAGAAGCUGUGAAUCUGCAUAACGCCUAUCCUUCGUAACUGAAUUCAGUCUCUUGGAGAUGACAACUUCAAACGCUAACCUGAUGACCGUAGAAAAACACGUAAGGUGUGAUCCGGAGGUUCAUGCAAAAUCCCUUUUCUUACGCCCGACCCGGUCUGUAGCUCCAGCGAGAAUUUCUCCAAAGGAGAUGUCUCGGAAAUGGUACCGUAUGUGAAAGCUGCCAGCUUUGCGAACAGGCGUUUGUCUUUGUCUUUGGGGGCCUGGGCUCUGACCCGCACGUCCGAGGGGUCACCUCUUUCUGCAGGGGCUGAGGACAGCCGUGCCUGCCCCUGCCGUGAGGGCCAGGGCUGGGCCCAAGCGGGGAGGGGUCAUCGUCUCUGCAGCCAGAGCUCCCGCGGGUGGCGGACCGGCGAGGGUGGGCGUGGAAGGGAGCCGAAUUUUUCUGAUCUCUGUGACGUCGGGAGCUCCCGGGAGGGAACACGGUGGCUGCGUGUGCAAUGCGCGGGUUCCCAAACACUGAAACUUUUACCUCAACUUAAAAAAAAGAAAAAAAAAGAAAAAAAAAAGAAGAAAAGAUUAAAAAAUAAAAA